GGGCCUGCCCAGCGGUGGUUUCUCCCUCGAGCCCGCCAGGCCGCGCCCCACAGGGGGACCGGGGCUCAGCCGGGGAAUCCCCCCCCUGGCAGGUACCACCUGGCGGUGACGCGGCACCACGAGAAGGAGGCGACCAGCAGCAGCCCGUACGCCCAGCACGACCCCUGGCAGCCGGCCGUCGACUUCGAGAGCUUCAUCCGAAACGACGAGAACAUCGAGAACCAGGACCUGGUGGCCUGGGUGACGGUGGGUUUCCUGCACAUCCCGCACGCCGAGGACGUGCCCAACACGGCCACGCCCGGCAACGCCGUCGGCUUCUUCCUGCGCCCCUUCAACUUCUUCGACGAGGACCCGUCGGUGGCGUCGCGCAGCCCCAUCAUCGUGCGGCCCCGGGACCCGGCCUUCGCCCACGUGGACGUCCAGCGCUGGACGCCCGCCAGCCCGGGGCCCUGCGUCUCCGCCGAGCCCUUUGGCUACAACGGCACCUACAGGCAGGAGUGAGCCCGGCCCUGCCGCGGCACCGGGGCCCCUGGGCUCUGCUCCGGCUGGCUGGGGCCGUGGCUGUGGGGACCGGGGGGGGGCAGCCUGUAGCCCCCAGGAGUCGCCCCCAGACAGCUGGGCCUGGGGGGGGCACAGAGGGGGGAAGGGGGCACACUGAAGGGCUUGGCCCCUCGCCAAGGGGACUGU